GGACGGGGCGCGGGGACCCACGGCGGUGCGGAGCGGCGGCCGCUGCCUUGUCCUGCCCUGCGGAGCGCAGCUCCCCGGGUCGGCGGAGCUAUUUUGCCGAGCAGGUGCCUGGAGCGUCCCGGUGCCACUGGGCGCCGUGUCCCGUCCCUGACACCUCCCUGCCUCCGCUCCCGCCGGCGUCCCACGAGUGUUCCUGCUGCUUGAUCCCGUCCUCAGGAAUCGCCCAGCAUGCCGAUCGCCCACCUGCUGGAGCUAUGGAAAGGGAUAGAGGUGGAGCCCAUGGAGACGGAGACUGUGGUGGAAGAUGCUGCCCUGGAUGAAGAACCUGUAAAAGAGGAAGAAGGUAUCGUGAAGGAAAUAGACAUCAGCCAUCAUGUCAAGGAAGGUUUUGAAAAAGCAGAUCCUUCUCAGUUUGAGCUGUUGAAAGUAUUAGGACAAGGUUCAUAUGGAAAGGUAUUUCUAGUCAGAAAGAUAAAAGGAUCUGAUGCAGGCCAGCUUUAUGCCAUGAAGGUACUUAAGAAGGCAACUCUGAAAGUUCGGGAUCGGGUACGAUCUAAAAUGGAGAGAGAUAUUUUGGCAGAAGUGAACCAUCCUUUCAUAGUCAAGCUUCAUUAUGCAUUUCAAACAGAGGGAAAGUUGUAUCUAAUACUAGAUUUCCUGCGGGGAGGGGACCUUUUCACCAGACUCUCCAAAGAGGUGAUGUUUACAGAAGAGGAUGUCAAGUUCUACUUAGCUGAGCUGGCCUUGGCAUUAGACCACCUCCACGGUCUUGGAAUUAUUUACAGGGAUCUAAAACCAGAAAACAUUCUUCUUGAUGAAGAGGGUCACAUUAAGAUAACAGAUUUUGGUCUGAGUAAAGAAGCCAUCGACCACGACAAGCGAGCGUACUCGUUCUGUGGCACCAUAGAGUACAUGGCCCCGGAGGUGGUGAACCGGCGAGGACACACGCAGAGUGCUGACUGGUGGUCCUUUGGCGUGCUUAUGUUUGAGAUGCUGACGGGAUCAUUACCCUUCCAGGGAAAAGACAGGAAGGAGACAAUGGCACUCAUUCUUAAAGCCAAGCUGGGAAUGCCUCAGUUCUUGAGCAUAGAAGCCCAGAGCCUGCUGCGAGCGCUGUUCAAAAGGAACCCCUCCAACAGAUUAGGUGCUGGGUUUGAUGGAGUGGAAGAAAUUAAACGUCACCCUUUCUUUGUUACUAUAGACUGGAAUAAACUGUACAGAAAAGAAAUCAAGCCACCCUUCAAGCCCGCCGUGGGGCGGCCAGAAGACACCUUUCAUUUUGAUCCAGAGUUCACAUCUCGGACCCCCACAGAUUCCCCAGGUGUUCCUCCAAGUGCCAAUGCUCAUCACCUUUUCAGAGGGUUCAGCUUUGUUGCCUCUAACUUGGUGCAGGAGCCUGCACAGCAAGAUGUGCACAAAAUCACUGUUCACCCAAUUGUGCAGCAGUUACAUGGCAACAACAUUCAUUUUACUGAUGGAUACGAGAUCAAGGAGGACAUAGGAAUUGGCUCCUAUUCAGUGUGCAAGAGAUGUGUUCAUAAAGCUACAGAAACAGAGUUUGCAGUGAAGAUAAUUGAUAAGAGCAAGAGAGACCCCUCUGAAGAAAUUGAGAUACUCUUGCGAUAUGGACAGCAUCCAAACAUCAUUACUCUUAAAGAUGUCUAUGAUGAUGGGAAAUUCGUGUACCUGGUGAUGGAGCUGAUGCGGGGAGGCGAGCUGCUGGACCGCAUCCUUCGGCAGAAGUGUUUCUCGGAGCGGGAGGCCAGCGCUGUGCUGUGCACCAUCACCAGGACUGUGGACUACCUGCACUCUCAGGGCGUGGUGCACCGAGAUCUCAAGCCAAGUAAUAUCCUCUACAUGGAUGAGUCAGGAAACCCAGACUCUAUCAGGAUCUGUGACUUUGGGUUUGCCAAGCAACUCAGAGCGGAGAAUGGUUUGCUCAUGACUCCCUGCUACACAGCCAACUUUGUUGCUCCUGAGGUCCUUAAACGCCAAGGUUAUGAUGCAGCCUGUGACAUUUGGAGCUUGGGGAUCCUGCUCUACACCAUGUUGGCAGGAUUCACUCCUUUUGCAAAUGGACCAGAUGACACCCCAGAGGAGAUUCUGGCCAGGAUUGGCAGUGGCAAAUAUGCUCUUACAGGAGGAAACUGGGAUUCAGUAUCUGAUACUGCAAAGGACAUUGUGUCUAAGAUGCUUCAUGUAGACCCUCAUCAACGCCUCACAGCAGUCCAAGUCCUGAGACACCCCUGGAUAGUGAACAGGGAGUACCUGUCUCAAAACCAACUCAGCAGACAGGAUGUUCACCUGGUUAAGGGUGCAAUGGCAGCCACUUACUUUGCUUUAAACCGAGCACCUCAGGCACCAAGGCUGGAGCCUGUAUUAUCCUCCAAUCUGGCUCAGCGGCGAGGCAUGAAAAGACUUACCUCUACCAGAUUGUAGCAGUACCCCCAAAAGGCCUCCUUGAAAACCCACAGUUUAUUAUUUGAGAAAUUCAUCUUUACUUGGCUAGCUGAACUUUUUUGGACAACCUGCACAUGAAAUUGCCAGAACUAGCAGAAGCCCACGUAAGGCAAAGUUCUCAUUUGCUCAUUUUCUUUUACAUUCCAGCCAGGGUCCUGAGUUUAACAACUUCACAAAGAUGUGCCAGUUUUGCCAGUAGCUCUGUUUCUUUACUGAGAUAAAGCCAAAUGAAAUAGGCGAGCUCCAUCCUUUCCACCCUAGGAAAGCUAUUUUUGAGUCCAUGUUGUUCCAUGGGAACAGUUUUCAUUUUGUUUCUCAAGAAAAGCACUUUUUGCUAUGAAGAUCGCAGCCGGGUUACAAUGCUGUUGCAGCAUGCGUCAUGAUGAAGUGACUUGGCUGGUCACCAGUAGACAUCUGCUGAUCUCCACUCACCCCAGGAAGAGUGAAGGCUGCAGAGACACAGGAGUUACACCUUUUUUGGAACAAGUGCUAUACAACACGAGGUAGAGAGAGCUGGUGGUGGUGGAAAUACCUUCUGUUUUUGAGGAAUCUUUUGCACUUUGCCCCUGCCUUCUCUGGAAUGAAGCUAGCACCUCUCAAGGAGAGUGUGCCACCAGUUCUGACUUGCUCAAAAGUCCCAGAGAGCAAAAAAACCUCUGAGAAACUCGGUCUUCUGAGGAAAAGAAUGGGUCUUAUGAGACUGUGGGAAGGCAUUUGUGUAGAGCAGGGUGAGUAGGAACCUGUGCAUCAGGCAAGAGAAAGAAGCCUGGUCUUGGCCAGCAGGCAGGUCUGGGAGGAUCAGAUGAAGGGGCUGGGGAACUGAACAAAGGCAGGAAAGGGUGCAAGUGGCUUUGCGGACAGUAGGCAAAAUAAUCCAAAGGCAGCUAGAGUACAAGUGGCUGGGGGGCAGACUGUGACUCCCUCUGGGAGCAGGGGACAGUCCCCCUUCAGUGGUGGUGCAGAAGACAGAGGGUGGCUGGGCUGCCCAGGGGCCAGGUGGGUCGAUGCAGCCAUCCCCCCACACCACCAGUCUGCUCCCCAGGAGCUGUUCUGGCAGGACAGAGUGCCAUGCUGGAGAAAGAGAGGCCAUUUCCAGUCAUCACUCCCUGCCCUCCCCUGGCUGGUCACCCAAAUCUGCCUCCAUCACCCAACCUUUCAUGUCCCUGCCUGGGUGUUCUGCUGUAGCAGAGCUAGACUCCCCAUGCCACAUGUGUGCAGAGAGAAUCCACUUCUGAAGAGUUCAGCUAACUCUGUUACAAGCUUUAAUAAUAAUAAAUUAUGAGGAGAAAUGGGAGGAUGCUCUGCUUUUAUAUUUAUAUGAAUAUGUACAUGUAUAUUUAUAUACAUAUAAAACAAAAAUUCUGUGCCCUAAUACCUGGAUUUCCCAGGUCCAGGGAAAGAAAACUUUUGUUGAAAUGGUCUCUGCAAAAUGGACUUUUUUUCUCAUUUCCUGGUUUCAAAGAAAGCAAGCAAGGUUUGUGGUGCCAGAUGUGAACUAUUUUUUUAUUAUUUUUCUUACCCAUCUUGGCUUACUGGUGGUCACAAGCUGACCGGGAUUCUUCUUUGUACUGCUUUUGUUAAUUUUUAUUUUCUGAGUGAAUUUUGUCACCUCAGAUGCUUCGUGGGGAAAGCUACUGUGCCAUGUUAGCUUUUUUCUGUUGUGACAGGGGAAGAAAAAAAAGAAAAAUGUGAACAUGGAGCUUCAUAUGCUAGACAUGGUAAUUUUUGCUUGCUGAGUAAUUUGUGCAUCUCAGUGCUGAACUGGAAUUACCAGAUCACUGCCUCAAAGUGUCCAAGGGGUUUCAUUUGCUAUAGUAAUAUUCUUCCUAAAACUAUCUCUCCUUCAGUGUUGAAUGAAGUUUGUUUGCAUUAGUUCUAUUUUUAAAUUUAAAUUUAUUCUUAAUAAUUUAAACUGAUAUUUAAUGUUCAAGUUUAUGUGCUGUGCACAGAGGAUCACUGCAAAGCAGCUCUCCUUGAAGCCCUUCUCUUUUCUAAAACAAACAAUGCUGUGAAACUUCACAUAGAGGCUGAAUUGGCUGGGACUGAUGAGUGCAAACACAAAGGUGGAUGUUUGUGCUUCUACACACAGCAGCCCACACUCUCUCCUCUGGCUAAGCUGUGCUCAGUGUCAGCUUUUUGCUGCCUUCAGAAUUUUCUGCUUGUUAGAAGUUAAGUCUCACACGUUUCUGUUAACAGCACACUGUGAGCAUAUCCACUGGCAGGGAUAUCCUGGCUGGUGCAGAACAGGUCUGGCCAGGCCUUGUUUUUCUCAAAAUUAUUUCUGUCCUGGAAGAAGCCAAAGUGGGUAUAAGGAUGCAAAGGGCAACCUGGAGGGAGGGCUGGAUUUUCAGGGGUCCCAGCUGAUAUGUGCUGUUUUAACAAAAUGUAUUUUUAAUGGUCAGAGGCAUUGCAUGGUAAUGUAGAAAGACUGCUGAAAAUACGAUGUACAGUUUUUGUCUCCCUCUGAGACUUCCUGGUCAUCUUGCAUUGCUUCAGUUUGCUUUCUCUCACAACCAUUGGAAAAAGUCUAAUUCUGUCUAGAUAUACCCAGCCUUAAUUCUUUGAGCAUUUUUUUCAACUGAAUAUUAUGGUAGACCAAGCUUACAGGAUGUUGCUCUUCCCAAAGUUUAAGGGUUUUAAUAUUUUCCUGACUUACCUCUUUUUAACCCACCAGCUACUAUCAUGGAGACACAUAUAGAGUCAUACAUCUUAAUUCUCACUAAUUUCUUUAUAAGCCUAGUAAUUACUAUAAACUCACACAUAAGCUCAUGCAUAUAGUGGACUUUUUUUAUUGAGAUUUUGUUGCCAUUGCAUCCAGAUGUGUGCACAUAUGUGUCUGUAUGUAAACACAUGCAUAAAACAGGUGCUGUCCCAGCUUGUCCAAAUAAGGGUAGAAAUGUAGUCAGAGGUUGAGGUGAUGAUACUUGGAGUUUUGUCUGCAGUAUUCUUUGAAAUCUCUCAUUCAUAGCAGUAAUGAUUACUCUGGGUGUAGAAAAAAAAGCUGUGCCCAUCCAUGGAAAAAACUGCCCCAUCCAGCCUCCGCUCUGUCCCAGAUGUGCAUCCCCAUGCACUUCCCAGGGCAGAUCAGUCUCCCCUCUGCAGUCCUGUCAUGGGAGGUGCCCUUCUGAGGGUUUUCUGUCCUGUUCCAGUCCCAAUCAAAGUAUUCCUAUCAGUCUUGCUGAUCUAGCUCGCUUGGACUGAAAUGCAAGAGCCUCCAUCAGCAAAUCCAAGGGAGGCAGCAAGGCAGGAAUAGGCCACUGGCAGCCAUUAUUUCAGACUGACAGCACCCACCACUUCCCCUGGUCCAGCUGGAUCCAGGAGAGGCUCCUAGGCUGUGGCCCAAUUACUGCAAUGGCUGCUUUUGUACAGCAUCUCCUUUCUAGACUCCUGGCCAUGGUAUAGCAAUAAGCACUUUUUUUUCUAGAAGGAAACUGAAAAAGGCAUAGCCUCUCUCUCUCUUUCUCUCUCUCUCUUUAUAUAACCUUAAGAGAGUUUUACUAAACAUUAUGUUUAACUCCUGAAAGUCUAAAAAUCUCUUUGAAUUACAACGUACCAUCUUGCAAGUUUUUAAUCCAUAAAGCGACCUAGUGCCUUAGGCUAUUAUAAAUAUUAUAGUUACAUUUUUAACCAUCAAGCUCUACAAUGCAAUGACUGUCCAAGGCAUACCACUGUGUACCUGUCAUAUAGUCAGCACAUUUGGAGGCCCACUUCAAAAUCAGUCACAGAAUGGUUCGAGUGGGAAGGGACCUCUGGAGCCUAUCUAGUCCAACCCCCCUGCUAAAGAAGGUUCACAGAGAGCAGGCUGCACAGGACCAUAUCCAUGCAGGUUUUGUUCAGUCCAGGAGAGAAGUGUCUGCCCAGCAAGUAGGAGGCAUAUCCCCUAAGCCAUGGAUGACACAAAGGUUUCUUAUACUAAUGAUCUACUGAAUUUAUGCCAGCAUAUGCAAGUGCUGACACUAAAAAUGGCAGUCAGUCACUUUCUCUUGACUUCAGCUGCUCAUCUGUCCUUUCACACCUUCCUUAGCCAGGUCACCAUGGGGCAGAGCAAAUGUUUGUGCAUCAGAACAAAUGGCUGGGGACAGCAGGAAAGCAACAGAAUCAGUUUAGCCAACAGUGCUGGCAACAUUGGAGUGGUUACAAGUUCAGUGUCACCUCUGCCCCUCUGUUGUGCUGAGCAGAGUCCAGGUGUGGCUCAGAGUUGGGGCUGUAAAUGAUGUUUGUACAGCAGCAGGUUCCCAGUGCCAAGCCCCAUGAACAGAGAGGGAGGACAAGUCAGGCUUCUGAAAAUUGGCCACAAAUUCAUACAAACGCCCUGCAACCAGAAGGUGUAGGGCCCCAGAUGCCAUGUCAUGGGGAAAUAAUGUUGACUGUAUAUAUUUUUGCCACCAUUACCUUAAUAAAAGUGAUAGAAAAAACCCAGGGUUUUGUUUUUAAGUCAUCCAUUUUGCAGAGGAAAUUCUUGGUUUUGGGGCAUGCUACAGCUUUCUCAAUCCUGAGAAGGAGUAAGGCAGUCAAACAUAGAAGAUACAGCAGAUUACUAUAGCAGAAAAUAUAUUGUAGUUUCACUGGAAAAUUAUCUUCAGGCAGGUGUUUUGAAGUCCUCUCUUAGUAUGUGUGUAUCAGAAAUGCCAAAGCAAAUAUUUAGAAGCAAAGUUCCCUUGUUGAACAUCCAGAGUUGACACCUUUAAGCAAGAGCCACAUGAGCUCCACAUUCACAUAUCUGAAUCCUAAAAGACAGACAAGCAGCAGAACCCUUCAGAUAUUCCUUACAUUAAAAUAUAAAGGUCUAAAAUAAUGUUAAUAAGAUGCUUUAGUAUAAUGCAUUGAAAAAGAAAAAAAGUAAAAUGUGCUAGCCCAUUUUUUCCUCUUUUGAAGUGUACAUAAUUUUCCUUUAGAAGUGUAUAUUCUUACUUCCUAGCUGACCCUCAUCCUGAAAUCUUGUGUUGCCUGAAAACACUGCAGCUAAGAUGCUUCUGUUACCUCAGAACUGUGAACACAGUCCCAUGCUCCUCUCUCCAUGUCUGUCCACAGCAGACACACACAAUUGCACACCCUCUCCUAUUCUGAAAGUUAGCAAAAACCACGAUAAUUUAAACUCAGAAGAUAAAAUGAAGUUAAAAGUAAGGUUCUCAGUGUGUACAGGACUAAAAAUCUUAGUAUUCAGGUGAAGGAUGGAUUGAAGCCUGUGCAGAAUAAAAAUGUGACAGAGUAAGUAAAGUUACAGUAACUUUAGAGCCAAAUUUUAUCUAAACUCUCUCAAUAGAUUUUUGUGAACCUCGACCUUGCAUUUCCAGGUGAAACUAGGUGACAACACAUGUAUGUCAGCCUUCAUCUGAUCAUGCAUGUCAUCACAAGGCUUGCACAUGGAAAUAUUUUGCAGCCCGAAGUUUAUAUUUUGGCCCCUUUUGUUGUCCCAUAUUGUGUAAACCAUGAUGUUCAGUGUUGAACCAUUCAACCACUACUUCUUGCCUUGGUAUACAGAGUUACAGACUCAGCUUGUGCUCCAUUGUGUCUCCUAAAUGGAUGUUAUGGACAUAUUUUUCAGAGAUGCUUAAGCCUGAAAGAAAAAUGAGGAAAAUGCAUGCCUUCUUUGAUGAAGGCAAAUUUUGAAAGGAGAGGCUGGAAAAUACGCAUUUGAAGUGCAGAAAAUGAAAACCAGUUGCUAAAAGACUUUUUCUGAUUUGCUACUCAGAGCAAAUCAUGCUGCCUUCCCUCUUGUGUUAAUUCCUUCAUCCACAUGCACCUUCAGUGACUCUGUGGGAGAGCUCUGUCAAGUCCUCUUUAUUGCAGUAGUGGAGUCUGACCAUUAGGUGAUGAUGUGUGCAAGGGAUUUACUUGGGUAGUAUUAAAUUGACAAAAUAUGAACCAUGAUCUAGCACUUUGUUUACAGGCUCCAUAUUCAUGUUUACAAAACGGUGAUUUCUGAGGUUCACGCUUUUUAUGUUUCCUGUAUGAAAAGGACAGCCAGUGUACAGAUAUUUGUUAUGUUUACCAGCGUUUCUGAAUAGAUUUUUUUUAUAGUACAUGGUUUUAUGAAGUGUAAUAUUUUUAUAGCAGAAUGACGAUCUUUGGACUUUCUAUAUUGUUACCUACAAUUGUUUGCAAACAAGCUCUUUGCUCCCUUUUUUUCUGUGCACUGUAUCCCAUGUUGCUGCUGCUAAUGUUGCUGGCCUCAGCUGCUGCUGCCCCACCAUGAGUGGGCUGAUGGUAUUGUGAAACUGUGCAAACUAACUUCAAAGAGCUGUGAUUGUGCUGAAGGGCUGGCUGCAUGCUGGGUUCUUCCUGGCAGGAGGGAUGGGGAGCUGUACCCUACCAAGGCAAGGGUUUACUGUGGAUGGCCCCCAAGGAGAAGCCUCAGUGCUCACCUUUGUCUGUAUUCUGCCAUUUUGAUUUGGCAUGCCCAUCCUUUCCUUUCUUUAUAAAGAAAUAAAAAGAAAAGAAAAGCAAAAAG